GAUUUAAUUCAAAAAGUGAAACUCAGAUAGGUUGAGUAGGCUUAAGGUGACAUGUUUCAUUUGUUUAAAAAAAUAUUAUAUCACACAUGACAUAUGGGAACAAGUACAGAAGUGCUACGUUGUUUUGAUGGUAUGGCCUACAUUAGGAGACCAUGGUGCUGCUCUGAUCCUGGGGUCCCCUUUUCUUUUGUCCUGUGCUUGACUCUUGUCAAAAUUAUUUUUUCAAUAACACUAAGAGGACAGUGUAAGAUGUAAAAGGUGGAGCAAAUAACUUCAUUGGUAAGCCAGCACGCUGAAAGGGAGGAGAGGAAAGCAGUGUGGAGAGAGGGCAUUGGGGAUGGGGUUAAAGAGCCAAAGGCGGACGUCAUGGUUCACAGCAGCUCUAAUUCCCCAAUGACAACGCCAUCUGCCUCGCUUCACCUGACUGUUUCUUCUAAAGCACCUCUUUUGGUGUCGUGUUCCAGAGGUGCUUCAGAACAGGAUCUAAACCAGACCUCCAGAGACCUGACUUCCCAUUCAGAAUUAUCACAACCUUUUACUCAGAGUGCUGCUGAUGCUCAUCGCCAUAUUGUAACCACGGCAAAAACAUUAAACGCUAAGUCAAGUUCAGCAUCCAGCCGGCUCCACACACAGGCACCAAGCUCUGCUCAGGACCAACUCAAUGGCCGUAGAUCAGGCAGGAAAAGGACUCCUAAGGCCUGUGAUUGCUGUGGCCCCAACAGUAGGGGGCACAAUGUUGAAACCUCAGGCAGAGGUAGGGGAAGGGGUAGAGGUAGAGGGAGGGGAGCAAGCAGAGACCUCGGGGACACCCCUCAAACAAAGCCAUCACAGUUGACAGCUAUCAGGAACUUUAAUUUAAGUGGAGAAAAUACAGAGGAAAUAGAAGAUGAAGAUAUUAGACUGGGAAAUUUACAAACCUUAGUACUUAUGGCUGAUACCCAGCCACAAAGCCCUGCCCCCAAGCCGGUUCCAGCCAUUAAACAAGAUGGACCAAAAAAUAACUGUGGUGCUCAAACAAAUGGAGCCGCACUGAAAAAGGAGGACGUCUUGAUGGCACCCUCAGGGUUGCCUGUUGAAGAAGAGAAGGGAGGUGUAGAUAAAAGGGAUGUGGACCCAACGAUUUUAGGACCGGCUCACGGGGGAGUUAUAGUGGUCAGAGGUCGAGGUAGGGGAGCAAUGAUGGGCAAAGGUCAAGGCAGAGGAGCUGCAAUGGGGAGAGGUCGAGGCAGGGGAAGAGCGGUAGGCAGAGGUCAAGCAAAAAUGGAAGGCAUUGUUCAAAUAAUAAGCAAAGAUAAAGACCAUUUUACAAGUUUGAGAACAGGUGCCUUAGCUGAGUCAGUGUUGGUGGAAGAACCAGAGAAAAUACAGGAUGUACAGACAGUCAAUGAACACCAAAAAAACUCAGCUGCAGGUAAAAUUCUUAUUGGAAAUGGAGAAUUGGUACACCUGUCUGACUCGGAGGACGAGAUGGAGGAAGACAAUAUAGUUGUGACUGAACUUGCAGAUGGGGUGCUGACCAUCGCACAGAAAUCUACAAUAUUAGAGACUUCUGAAGACCUGGACUCUGAAAUGCAGGUGGACCAAAUGCAUGAUGGUAUAGACCAGGUUUCUUUACCAGUACCACUGCCAAAUGGAAAUGUUGCCUCACCAAGAAACCAUGAUCAGACAUCUUUACCUGUGGAGGUGAAAACCUCCAGCUCCGCUGUGCUUGCUCCUUUAAACCCUAUAACAGUUAGCAUGGAGCACUCCUGGGCAUUAAGAGACCACAGACUGUACUGUCAUCCUUGUUCAUGGGCAAAAGAUGAAAUGGAUAAAAUGCUGAUACAAGAUCAGGCAGAAGAUAAAGUGAUGGACACAGAUAUACAGAAUCAAGAGAGAUUGGAGCAGCUUAAAGAUGCUAUCCAAGAGUUUCUGGAGAGCUUCUAUAUAAAAUAUGGGAGCUUCAUUCCUCUUACUGAAUCAGAUGUCCUGGAACACCUGAAAAAGAAAGGCAACUCUGUUGUCAGCUGCAAUGAGGUGGACAUCAAAGGAGAGAUAACUCGAUACAAGGCUGGCCUGGCAUCUGUUCCCGUUGCAGGAUUCAUGGUCACAUAUAAUAAACACAAUCUGAGACUGGAGGACCUUGGCACCCUGGAGGAUCAGAACUGGCUUAAUGAUCAGAUUAUUAACAUGUAUGGAGAGCUGAUUAUGGAUGUAGCAGAGCACAAGGUUCAUUUUUUCAACAGUUUUUUCUACAAGCAGCUGGUUGCCAAAGGUUAUGAUGGUGUGAAGAGAUGGACCAAAAAAGUUGACUUGUUCUCCAAAUGGUUGUUGUUGAUUCCCAUCCAUUUAGAAAUCCACUGGUCUCUCAUCGCAGUCACAAUGGCAACCAAAACUAUCAGCUACUACGACAGCCAAGGCAUCGUCUUCAGACACACCACAAAUAACAUUAUGAAGUAUCUUCAGUCUGAAGCCAGGGAGAAAAAACAGGCUGCUUUCCAGAAGGGCUGGAAGAUCGCCAUCAUUAAGGGUAUUCCUCAGCAGAAAAAUGACAGCGACUGUGGUGUUUUUGUCCUUGAGUACUGCCGUUGUCUCUCCGUGAAGCAGCCACUGCUGUUCAGCCAGAACGACAUGCCUCAAAUUCGGAAGAGGAUCUACAAGGAGCUCUGUGACUGUCAUUUCAACGAUUAAACGGCUGCCUUCACCCAGUGUGCGCCUCCCAGGUCACGAAACUGGCUGUCCUGUUCUUUCACAUGACGUUUUGACUGACUGUCGGGCUGCAUAAGCUAACAGAGCUUGGCCAUCUGUACUUUCAGGGAGUCCUUACUGCCAUCUGCUCCUAUUAUUGACGAGCAGAGCAGUUUUUGCUGACUUCUAAUGACUUUGGGAGGUCAAAAGUCAGUCUGUACUUAAGCUGAUUUGGUUUUUUCUUAUUAUUUUUCUUACAAAGAGCUACUGAAGUGGCCCCCUACUGACCCUUGGAAAAAGUGCUGUUUCAGGACAAGUUCAUUCUGCUUCUUGCAUUGACCACCCUGAGAGGAUUUUUUGGCCCAACAAGAGCAGAACACAGUACUGACUUUGACUGAAGUAACUGUUACACCAACCUGUACCAGUUGGACGGGCCUUUCCUCCUAAAACGGAGUGGCCUUGCCUCCCAGAAAUAUGUUUUAAAUUGAUUUUAACAGUUUGUUUAAUGCUGGACGUUGCAGCUCUAGUAUGUGUUCGGUCAGUUAAUAUGCAUAUUUUAUAACAUAUUUUAAGAUUUUGCAUUUGCGAUACAGUGGAACAGCUGUCCGCCUAAAACUUGAAGGGUUAAGAGUUGACUUUGUUAUUGUGGACUUUAAAUUGCACAGAUACAGGCCUGUUGAUUGAAGUCUGGAAUAUAAACUGAAUGUUCUCAUCAUGUUCUGUUUUUCUUCCAUAGCACGGGAUGAUAAUGGCUUCUAAACUGGGAUCACAUUUUUGUUUGGUUUAACUGCAAUCCAUUUCCAAAUAAAAUUCCAGUUUUUUGAGCACAUUA